UUCUUCCGCGAAGCCGCGCAAGACGUCAGUAAUCAUGUGGCUGUUCCAUAGUUGGUGUACGAGUAAAGUACGUCUCGUAGGUAGAACCGUAGUGAUAACGGGAUCAAAUGCCGGACUCGGAAAAGAGACCGCUAGAAAUCUCUACAGAAGAGGUGCUAGAGUGAUUUUGGCAUGUCGAAAUCUAGAGAAGGCAAAAGCUGCGGUUGAAGAUAUAAAAGCUAAUCCACCCUCAAGAUCGAACGAAGAACAGUUUCAGGGAGAUCCGGGCGAGCUUGUGAUAUAUCAUCUGGAUCUUAGCAGUUUAAACAGUGUAAAAGAAUGCGCCACGAAUUUAUUGGCAAAAGAACCGGUCAUAAAUGUGUUGAUAAACAACGCCGGUGUGAUGUUGUGUCCGCAAGAAAAAACGGUGGAUGGAAAUGAUCUGCAACUACAAACGAAUCAUCUUGGCCAUUUUCUUCUGACGCUCUUGCUGUUACCGAAACUGCAAUUAUCUGGUCCUAAUUCUAGGAUAGUUAAUGUGUCGUCUAUUCUUCAUCAGUUUGGUGUUAUACACGACGAUUUGAAUUUGGAGAAGUCAUAUACUCCAUGGAGAGGUUACACGCAAAGUAAAUUGGCAAACGUAUUGUUUACCAGAGAACUUGCUCGUCGUUUAAAAGAAGCAAACAUUAGUGGCGUAAACGUAUAUUCUUUGCAUCCUGGUAUUGUAACAACAGAGCUAACUAAAUAUUUUGAUUCGGCAUUUUUUUAUGGCGCAAAUUUUGGUUUUCGCUGGAUUCUGCGGCCAUUGUGGAAAAAUUCCGAACAAGGCGCACAAACGAUAAUACAUUGUGCAGUGGAUGAAAAAGUGGCUAACGAAACUGGCUUGUAUUACAAAGAAUGUCAUGUUGCGACUCCACAGUGGCGAGCACGGGAUGACAAAAUUGCCAAAGAAUUAUGGGAUAAAACCUGCCGGCUUCUGCAUUUGGAACUUGAUGACAAAUUAGCCAUCAUUAACGAUCGUUAUGCGUAAAUUUACGAAGUAAUCUAUUUUUUUGUUUCUCAUACUACCGGACACACAUAAUAACGAGCAUAAUAUGCUUUAUGUAAUUAUGAAAUGGAAAUUAUCUACUUAACAUAAGUUUUGCGAUAGCAGAUAUGUUCUUGCGAAUUAUGAUUAUCGUAAAAAUUACUUUCAAGACUCUCUAACAUCUUAUUAAAUUUAUUUUAAUUAAAGAUUUACACAUACAAAUGUAAUUUACAUAUAUUUAUCUUAUACCUCGAUAGGAAAACAUUUGUGAAAUUAUGUGACAACAUCUUAUAUGAAAAUUCUGAUUUGCAAUUAUGUAGAUAUAUUUUGAGAAAUAGAUAUAAUAUUGAUCUUUUAUUAUAUAUAAAAUAUUUGUAACUGUUUGCAAAAUUAAUUUCCAAAUAGGGUAAAGAUGCCUAUUAUGAGAUGGUCGCCUAAUAUGAGAUAGCGAGUUAUUUCUUAUAUGUAAACGGCUACAAAUUCAUAACUGCGUAUUUUUAACACAUUACUUACACAAAAACAUCAAAUCUUUUGUUAGUGUCGCUUAUUGUUGAAGACGACGUAGUUUCUGCGAGGGAAUUGUCGUGUACGCGCGGAGAAGAAAAAAAAUCAUUAUAACAGUAAAAUUGAUAUUUAACACUUUUAUGUCAUAGGCUUCACUGUUAUUUCAAUUCACUCAAAUGUACACAUGCACUAUAAGUGAUUUAUCAUGUAGUUUUGUCAAUUUAUGGCAUACUUUGUUGAUAUAAACUUAAACUUUCUACAAUUUUAUAUUCCCUAAUAUGAGAGAUACGCAGCUGUUCUUAAUAUGAGAUACUUUAUAUUAGAUACUGUCAAGUUUUUUAUUCUGUCAGGUUCUUUAUUUGAUAUAUUAAUAAGUUUUUAAAUAUGAAGAAAUCAACUUAAUUCAU